AUGGAGGGCCUGUUUGCUUGUCUCCCAGGCAAGCUUGCCUGGCGCCGGCGUUUCUCCCAGGCGUCGGAUUUCCGGCGGCACCUGGGGCCACGAUCGUCGCUGCCUGGCGGGCAGCUUGCUUGGGAGACCGUGAAGCAAACUCCGCCAGGCAAGUCCGUCGGUGACGAGGGCCGGGGGCAUGGAGGGGCUGAAGGAGAUGAUGGAUCACCACCACCGAUCGGGACUCCGACGCCGAGCAGCGUCGUCACCGACGACUGCUGCGACAAGGGGCCGGGACAGAAGCAGAUCCCUCCAAAGGCACCCAUGCCGCCACCAUCCAUGGAAGUGGCACUAGGGCAGGAGCCGCUUCUUCUGCCCAGCGAUGGCGCACCGCCUGGCUCGCACCAGGGGCCAGCGGUGGCGGCGCUGGAGGGAUUGGACAAGAAGGAGAAGAGUUUUACUUAUUUAAGGCAUGUGAGCUGCUCCACGACCAAGCAAGAUAUUGAGUAUAUGCCUAAGUUCCCCCUUUACUCUUAG